AUGGGAGGCUACCGUUCUUCGUACGAGUGCAGCUCGCUGCGCAAGUGCGACAUGUCCAUCCUUCAUAUUGCUGCCUUGUUGCUUGGAAUCUGCCCGGCUGGCACUGAUGGUGUAGAUUGCGAGAUUUCUCCCAGCCAUGGGAAGGCAUUGAUCCAAAUGCGGCAGGCGAUGAACGAUGCGCCAAUGAAGUCAUGUUUGUCAUUCAUUCACAUUCCCAAGAACAUGGGUGGUACAGUUGAAAUUGCUGGAAACAUUGCCUUUGGCGUGAACCCAGCAGACUCAAAUGACACGUGUGCCAACUGGGCUGCUGGCAACAGAACCUCAUCCAACCAGAGGUUCUGGGGAUACUGUGAUGAUCACCUCAAUUGCUCGAAUCGCAUUAACAUCAGCCAUUGUGGUGUUCCAGCUGGCACAGAUGCUCCUGUCGAUCAAUGCCAUUUCCAGCACUUCCCACCUGCCUGGGAUCCAACGCUAGCAGAAUCUUAUGUCCAGUGCGACACCUUCUGUAUCUUGCGGCAUCCAGUGGAUCGAUUCAUCAGCUCAUUCUUGUGGGUUCACCGGAACGAAGACGACCUGUCUUAUUGCAGUCCUAAAGCUUUGGAGACCUAUGCUGUGAAGCACUUGAAGGAUUUGAGCGUUCUGGAUUGUGUCCAUAGGAAUAGACUCAAUGGUUGUCUUCUCGUGCCGCAAGUCUACUACGUCUUUGAGAAAGGUGAUCCCCAGCAGCCGCAGAUUUGCCGCCAUGUGCUGCACAUGGAUUCAAUCGACCAUGAGUUUCCUGCCUUGAUGAAGAGCUAUGGCUUGUCCGUUGACCUCGAGGGAUACUGGAACCAUCGGUCGAACGAUUGCCAUGACUUCUCUCCCACGCGAAAGACCAUCAAGCUUGUGGAAGACUUCUAUGCUCAAGACUAUGAAGCCUUUGGCUUCUCCCGAGAUGCCUAG